AACAGGAGGGGCCUUCACUGAGUGGCUACCGGUGUGCUGACGCUGAGGCCUCGGAGGGAAAGGGUAUAGAAGGGCUGCUUCGUGCGCUCUCCUCCCAGCUUCUCACCAAGGGGUUCUGAAUGUGGCUGGAGAAGGACCCCAGGCACUCCCUCCGCAGCCGGGCCCAGUCUGAGCUCACCCAGCAGCUCCGGAGCCGGUCCCGGGGACAGGAUGGAAGCGCUGUACCUCCAGGACAGAAGCUCACCCACUGCCAAGGAGGGGCAGCCUGUGAAGGCCAUGGCGGCAGAGAGGCCCACUUCCUGAGCCAGGAGGGGUGAGGCCCCCGCAGGCCCAAAGAUGGGGAACAUCACUGCGGACACCUCCCGCCCGAACUGUACCAUCGACCACACCAUCCACCAGACGCUGGCCCCCGUGGUCUAUGUCACCGUGCUGGUGGUGGGCUUCCCGGCCAACUGCCUGUCCCUCUACUUCGGCUACCUGCAGAUCAAGGCGCGGAACGAGCUGGGUGUGUACCUGUUCAACCUGACCGUGGCCGACCUCUUCUACAUCUGCUCGCUGCCCUUCUGGCUGCAGUACGUGCUGCAGCACGACAACUGGUCGUACGACGACCUGUCCUGCCAGGUGUGCGGCAUCCUCCUCUACGAGAACAUCUACAUCAGCGUGGGCUUCCUCUGCUGCAUCUCCAUCGACCGCUACCUGGCCGUGGCCCAUCCCUUCCGCUUCCACCAGUUCCGCACCCUGAAGGCAGCCGUGGGCGUCAGCGUGGUCAUCUGGGCCAAGGAGCUGCUGGCCAGCGUGUACUUCCUCCUGCACACGGAGGUGGUGGAGGACGCGGACCAGCACCGCGUCUGCUUCGAGCACUACCCGCUGGAGCCCUGGCAGCGCCACAUCAACUACUACCGCUUCCUGGUGGGCUUCCUCUUCCCGCUCUGCCUGCUGCUGGCCGCCUACCGGGGCAUCCUGCGGGCCGUGCGCCGCAGCCACGGCACCCAGCAGAGCCGCAAGGACCAGAUCCAGCGGCUGGUGCUCAGCACCGUGGUCAUCUUCCUGGCCUGCUUCCUGCCCUACCACGUGCUGCUGCUCGUGCGCAGCCUCUGGGAGUCCAGCUGCCAGUUCGCCCAGAGCGCCUUCAACGCCUACCACUUCUCCCUGCUGCUCACCACCUUCAACUGCGUGGCCGACCCCGUGCUGUACUGCUUCGUCAGCGAGACCACCCACCGGGACAUGGCCCGCCUGCGCGCCGCCUGCCGCGCCCUCCUCACCUGCGCCAGGACCCGCGGGCCCCGGGAGGCCUACCCGCUGGGCACCCCCGAAGCCUCUGGGGUGAAAAGCGAGGAGCCCGAGUUGUUACGGAAGCUCCAGUCGACCUUCCAGACCCCUAACUCGCCUAAAGGGGAAGGGCUGCCCCCCGCUGGGCUGGCCUAGCCAGAGGCACCCAGGUGUGGGGUGAAGUGAGGUCUGAGCUUGCUGGCCGGCUGCCUGGCGACGCUUUGCCAAGCGCCGGCGCCUCUU